UGAGUUAACAGAUUUCUGUCUUUUGAUGACUCACUGUGUACAGCAGUCAUUCAGUGGAAUGAGAUAUAGUUACCCACACAAAUUAAGUUCCUUCUCCCUGGCAUGCAUCAGUUGAAAUCUAUUUCAGAGCUGGCACAUAAAUGAAUGUGAGCUGGUAAUAAUGUAGUUGCUAUUGAUACUAUUUUUAUUGAAUUGCCCAAUAAGAAUAUUUGGCAAGCCAGAACAUCUGAGAAGAGCUCUGGUUUGGUGGAAGGGAUGGGUAGAUUAGUUUCUUUCUGUUUGUUUGUUUGUUUUAUUAUAGGCAAUGUAUAUGCAGGACUCGCAUCACGUACAACACUCUCCACAAAAGACUAUGCGCCUAAGGAAACUGUAUCAUAUUUAUCUACAACUUCAGCUCUACCCAAUAAGAAGACAGACGUCUCUGCAGCUCCUCUUCCAACCUCUCCACAAACUAGCAGCUCUACUGGGUCCACUGAGCAGACAACUCCACCACAUGGGACUCAGGGAGACAAAUUAAGUACAACUAUCACCACAAACUCCAAGAGCACAACACUGUCAAAUUCCAUGAUGUCUUCUACACUGAAGGACCAGGGAGGGACAUCGAGAACCACAGCCUUACCUACCAUGGCCACUUCACCUGAGACCCCAAAACAGAAUCAGAGCACUCUAAUUACAACCCCAUCAACAUCAAACCCCACAGUCCGUGGAACAGAAUCCUCAGUGUCCACUGACUCUGUGUACACUGAGAUGUCAGCCACAAUCACAGCUCCAAUAGCAUUAAACACAGCAGGCAAUGAUGCUAAUUCACCCAGGCCCAUGACAACCACUGUUUCUGAGAAUUCAGCUGUGUCUACAUCCCCAAGAACAUCGAGCAAAGUCGCUAACGUGAAAGAAUCUUCUCCCAUGACAACAGGUGCAUUUUUCCACUCCACUUUGCUAACCACAACCGCUCUAGCGACAACUGUCCUUGGAACAACUGUGUCUGGGACUCAGGAAGGAAAAACUACAGCUGCACUCCCAGCUCCAACAGCCUCCACGAUGACCAAGCCACACCCCAACACAGCCACACAGACACCUUCCUAUCCAGCGGAAUCAGCCUCCAGUGUGGACACUACUACUGCCCAGGCACCUGAGACAAUGGCUGCUCAUUCCACAGCCCUUAUCCCCAGCUCCUCAGGGACAACAAAAUCCUCUAUAACCAGGACAAGUCAAGCUUCCCCCAAACAUACCCAGAGUAGUAGUCCUGGAACUGAAGCUUGCACUGUGGAUGAGUAUCCAGACAGUGGGGGAGUUUGUAGGUGCAAUAAAAGCUACUACGCUCACUCAGAAUUGUUCAGAGUAUCGAGGAGCCUGCAUUGCCUGCCACGGAAAAUUGAGGUGCUCCUGAGCCGCUGCUUCCUGAAGACUCACAGCUGGGUCCUGGCGAAAGGUGCCUUCUCGGCAUGCUCCAAUGGCAGCAGAAUAGACCAGGGUCUCCGUGUCCACGUCUUCAUGCUGGAGAAGAAGGAGGGUGUCUGUGGACUCCGCCUGUCUGUAAGCAAGCUGACCAACAGCAGCCACGCCCGGUACUCCCUGGAGGUGACUCUUCUGCACGAUCCCCCUGACUUCACCAUUACUAAUGCCACAGUGCUCAGCUUCAGCUGCACAUACCCACUGGUGGUGAAUGUCAGCCAGACCCUGCCCUACCCGGUGGUCUCCUUUCCGCAGAAGAGUCAACACUCUCAGGUGAGGCAUAAGGUGGGUGAUGGUCCCUCCCCCUGGGGUUUUGUGGUGAGGGUCUCACUCCUGUCCCUUUUUAGAUAUGUCACCAUCCAUGUUCCGGGCACUGGGGACACUGUCGUUAUCCUGGGAAUCUUCACAGACCCUCAGCUCUCAGCUCCUCUUGAGAACAGAACAGCUCCUAUUGGCAAGCCCCUCUACGUGGUCCUCAGGGACACAAGCAGCGAUCCAGACCGAUUUGCCCUGGUGGCCAAUGAGGUCUUUGCUAGUACCAACAUCUCCAGGAUGGGUGCUGUUGAGGCUACCUACCACUUUGUGAAUGAGAGCUGCCCAGUCAGCAACCGGCUGCUCCACGGCCUGCAGGCCAACGGGGGCUCUCUGGAAGUGACGCUGGCCUUCAACCUGUUCCGCUUCUUCACCAGCGAUACCAUGUACCUACACGGCCGCGUAACCCUGUGCGACAAGAAGGCGGGACGCCCGUGCCAACCGGUAAGCGGGCAGCCCCGAGGCCCCUGAGCAGCCACAACGUGGCCAGACUUCUAGCAAGGCACAAG